AUGAAGCUUCUCGCUUCUACCUCGGCCCUCUCGGCCCUGAUGUUCAUCACCAUCACCGCCGCUCUGUCCAUGACCGAGCCACUCGACAACGAACCAGAUAUCACCGUCUCUAUCCUGUCAAUCACAAAGACGCAAACUGAAACUACAACUGCAACCUCAACCGAUACUGACACUGUGACGGCACUGUCACUUCCAUUACUACCAAAAACCGUGUCCCCAUCCGGAUCCGUCAUAGUACCCGUGGUAGGAGUAGAGUCUCCAACAACACUCGCCCGCUGUGAUGACGACGAAUUGCAGAAAACAUAG